UCUUCUUAGUGUGGUUUGGAUUCAUCGCACAUAUAAAGUAAGGAAAGAGGAAACCGGUGGCCGCGAGGGUUGGAGGCGAGAAGCGAUGAGAACCGUGCUGGUCGAGCUGGAGGAAGUCCUGCGGUCCAAAUCCGAGAGGGAGAAGAUAACGCCGUCAGAGGAGCUGGUCCUCCAGACCUGCAAGUCGAAGUCAAUCCGCGAUUUCACCGUCGGGUUCUUGGUUUCAUCAGCCGCUGUAUGGACUGCAACUAGGAGACUUACACGAGCACUGAGGUUUAACUUGUCCCUAGGUUCUGGCACUUUUUUGGGGAUGUGGGGGUUUGACAGGUCCUUGAGUUCAUGCAUUGACCGAAUGAUGCAGCUUGAAGGAAGCCGGAUCCAGAGAGAGUUGGCAAACAUAAUAUUGGCAAAGCAUGCAAAUGAGGCGUCAAGUGUGAAGCUUGUAAGCAAGCACUUCUUCCCGGAGCAAGUAUUCAGCGACUUGAAUCCAGAUGAGUCUAUUUUUAGGUGGCGAUUACGUAAUCUCUACAUAGAUACCACUGCUUCUCAGGGGACACAGAGAAUCGAAGACGGUGGCGAUCAUGAUAUCCAGCCAAACCAAUCUACUUUUCAGGGUAGCCACGUUGGAGAUAUGACUGCAUAUCCUUUAGACUGUGUGUUUGGUUACCCUGAUGGUAACAGUGAGAUGAUGCAAUCGGACGACAGUGGUGUGCCGCCUAGGAGACGGUUGCGUGCCCACAGAAAGGCUAAUCGUCGUCAUCGUACUCGCUGUUCUGAAGAAAGCUCUGAGAGUAACACAAGUUAUGGGCGAUGAUGACAAUUGUGGAGCUAAGCUUCGGUCACAAGGGGAUGCGAUUUUCUGGACCAGGAGCAAUGCCCGUCGUGCCGCUUCGCCAGCUG